AUGAUAUCCAGCACUCUCCUCCUCGAAGGCCUCCUCCCCUUCCUCCUGCUCUUCUCAACCCCAAUCCUUGCCGCCAGAUCCGAUGAUGACACCCCCUUCAUCCGCAGCAUCUUUCUUUUCAAAGACGUCCUGAAGUCCAACACCACCGCCCUCCAAACUUCCGGCUUCAACACCCUCAUCAUCUUCGGCGUGGGCGUGCUCGCCAAUGGCGAUAUCAUGUACUACUCCAACACCCCUGGCAGCAGCGACACUUUGAUCGCCUCCAACGGGACCUACGUCGGGGGCGACACCCUCGCGGCGAAGGUCCGUUCGUUUAAGGAAGCCGAGGAAACAACACAUGGUGAUGAUGAUGUGGCGGCCACGGGGGAUGUCGACCGGGUGGAAAUCUCAAUGAACGCGCAGAAUAUCCGGGAAUUGAUGUCGACGACGACGGCCGAAUCGAUCUUGUACCAGAACUUUGUAGCCCUGAAAGAGGCCUGGGCGCUCGACGCAGUUAAUAAUGACGACGAGAGCAUCUAUGAUACGGCGAGCACAGUUGCGUUUGCGAAGAUGCUUGGUACAGCUGGGUAUCGGUACACUAUUGCGCCGUACACGAGAACCUCCUUUUGGGCCGGCGUAGUAUCGGGAGCGAACUCCGAUGAUAGUGGCGGAGAAGAAGGAAAGGUGCUGGAUCGGGUGUACCUCCAGUUGUAUGAUGGCGGAGCGGGGAAUCGGCCGGGAGAUUGGCAGACAGCGCUGGGGAUGAAGGUUGUGCCGAUUUUGUGGGUGGUGAAUGAUUCGAAGCCGCAGUUUGGGCAGACGCCGGCCCAGGCUGGGGAGAGGUUUGCGCAGUGGAAAGAGCAGGAUGGGGUAGCGGGGGGUGGGUGGGUAUUGGAAUGA